CGGGUUGUAUUUCCCUGACCGUUUUGUGUUUGUACUUUCAGAUUCCUCGCUCCUCAUCUCCCGGUUUGGUGACACUUAUUUCAGUUUUUGUAUCUCCUGGUUCGGUGACACCCUCAGUUUUUUUUUUGAUCUCCCGGUUCAGUGACACUUUCUGUUUGGAUUCUUUGACCUUUGCUGACUAUUGUGAAUUCUUCAGCGUCAACAAGCUCUCUCCGAUUGGUGCUCCGCCCACCUGUACACACCCAUUAUUCCUGUCGCUCCACCUCUUCAGUCUUCUAUUUAUUAUACGAACUUCACAGUUAGUUUUGCUACUCGGCAGUGAGACAGGCAGGGGAAGUCACUUGGUUGCAAGUAAGAUGUCUCCAUUUCCAUGAACAAACUUGUUUUGGACUCAUCAGGAAGAGACAGUUACGUUUGAUGUAGAAGUCCUCAACAGUUGCACUGCACUGGUUGAACCAAACCGGGAUUAAACGUCUUGGUCAGGCACACAAUAUGGAAUACUAUCAGACCACGACUCCCCCGACAAUAUCUGCUCCUCCUCCACCUCCUCAUAGAAGCAGUGUGCCAACAGUAUUUCCAAACGGUGUGCCACAGCCUCUUUAUGACAACAUCAGCCCACUACCUCAGACUUCACAUGCCGUGGGCCACCCUGCCACAGGUGUGGUGUCGACGCAGGGGUUGCCUGGUGAAGCUCCUGGACUGAUGUUCUGCCCUCACUGCCGGACCACAGUGGUCACCAUUGUCAAUCGUGUCCCUGGAGGUCUGCAGUGGCUUUUCUGCUUUAUCUCUUCAGCACUAUGCCUCUUCUGUUUUGCCUGGAUCCCAUUCUUCAUUGAUGCCUGGAAGGAUGUGGAGCACAGCUGUUCCAGGUGUGGGCAAGUCCUACACAUCUACAGACAAAUGAGGAGAGAAAAUGAACCAAAGAGGAAUUGUACACCCUGGUGUUAACACACAGCUGUGAGCAGAGAAUAUUGAAUGUGGAUUCAUUGUUAAGAGCUACUGGAUGGACAUAUUUUCUUUCUGUAGUUUGUUGUAACUCCACCCUCCAAAUAAAAUGCCCUGGAUAAAUGAGAAUAAGACUAAGAAUAUAGACUCUUAUUUCUGAUCUAGGCCGAUAAUAAUAGAUAGAGAGAAACAGGUCACUGACAAUGAAAUAUCUGAAAAACUUGACAUUGCCACAUGUUCAUCAAUUCCUUU